AUGCCUCGCGGAGCCGAAUACGACAAUGGAGUGCCUCAAUCCGACAAUGCCAUUGAAAACGGACCUAACAAAGCCCACGGCACCAACCCUGGCUCCGACAUCGACCGCUCAUACAAAGCCGCAAACCUGCCCGAGACCACUGGCGGGAACAACCUGGCCAGCGGCGGGGGAAGCAGUGGACCGAGAGUGAGUGGUUCGGGGAAGGGAGGACAUGACCCGAAGACGUUGGGGGAGAAGAAGGGAUUGAAGGCUUAA